AUGUCAGCGGAAUUUCAAUACCUGGAUUAGCAAUAUUAUUAAAUCAAAUUUAUCUGCUUAUUUCAUUAUCUUUUUAAUUUGUAUAUAAUUAAUAUUAUCUUGAAACAAAAAAUGAAAAUAAAUAACUAGAAAAAAGAAAAUGUUUAAAAAUAAUAAAAAGGUGGAUCUGUAAAUUUAAAUUGGUCUUGUAAUAAGUGCUCGAGCAAUAAAUUAGAAUUAUUUGACUAAGAUUUGUUGAAAAGAUAAUAUCUUGUGAAAUAAUUGAUUAUUAAUUUGAAUGAGAGUCACUUAAAUGAUAAAACAAUGAAAAAUUUAUCAGAAAUUCUAUUAAAAGCUAAAAUUUAAGAAAAUUUGUAAUUGAAUUUAGUAAGUUGCAUAUUUGAGUCGUACUAUUUUAUAUCAGAAAUAUUAUAAUCCUAAAAUCAAUUAGUUAAUUUGAGUUUAAAUUUUGGUGCUGUUAAUAUGUUUAAUGGUUAAAUUGAUUUUAUAUGUAAAGGAAUUAUAAAUUACUAUAACCUUUAAAAAUUCAAACUCAAUUUGACUGGAUGUUCUAUCUAAGAUUAAGGUAUGGAAACAUUAGCUGACUGCUUAGUCUAAUUUAAAAAGCUAAAACAUUUAGAUUUAAAUAUUUAACAAAACAGAUUAGGAGAAAAAUCUGGGAAUCACUUUUCAUCAGCUAUUUGUAGUUUAUAAGAAUUAAGUAUUUUGAAGAUAAACCUAUACUAAAAUUAUAUAUUUACAUCUGACUUACUUGCGAACUCAAUUAAAAACUUAGGAUCCUUAAAUAAACUCUAAGACAUAUAUAUUUAGGUAUCAUACAAAACAUUAAUUAUUGCUAUUAACGAUUAUCCAGAUUAUGUUAAUUAUCUAACUAAUUUUUUUAAUGAGCUAAGUAAAUGUGUAAAUCUUAAAUCAUUUAGCAUAGAUAUUUCAUCUUCUGCAUUUAUGAAUCAAUUGGUGUGUUAACAUUUUAAUAAAGCAAUUAUUUCUAUGUAAUUUUUAAAAAUACUAAGAAUAAGUGCCUUUAGAGGUCAACUUGUUAAUUUAAAUUAACUAUUAAGUGGUAUAGAAUUUCAUUAAUCUUUAGUUUAUUUAAAUAUAGAUAUGGAUACAUUACCAAUAUACCUCAUCUAGCAUCAGGCCUUAAAGAAAGCCAAGAGAUUAGUUAUAUGUUAGCAUUGA